GUGCCAUAUUCAAGUACUGGGUGGAUUGGAGGGCCCUUUACGAUGUAACAGACGUAUGCUGCCCCGGUUAAUGGUUUUAGCAAUUAUUUGACCGAAACAAGUUGAGAUAAUGAACUGGAUAUAUGAGGAAUGUUGGGCCAGCUUUCUACCACAGCGUCGAGUUCCACCAAACUCUGUAGGUGUCAUUUAGAAACGAGUAAGUGGCUCUUAUAGAGCCUGUGAGGAUAGGCAGUCUACACUAUUACGCCGGUGAGUUCGUAACCUGCGUUACAUUUGCACGUGAUCUGUUAUACUAUAACUUUAACGUUACCAGCCGUUUGAUAUAGUACUUUUGAGCACCAAAAGUUACGUUUCGUUGUUCCUGCACAACGUGGUAUUCUAUAUCGGCAAUUUCCGCCGUACAGUAGAUCUGUCUGUAUAAAAGAAAGACUCGGAGCAUAUAUAGCUUCUUAUUCUCAGAAACUCAACUUUCUGAGCAUCAUACGCCUAUUCUGGAACGUUAAAGAGACACCCACUUUGAUAUACACAGCGGAACCCAAGAAAUUACUGAGAAAACAGGGAAGUCAAAACAAGGACUAACUUGAAGAAAAGUUAUUUGUCUGUAACACUCAGUUUAAUUACGAACCAACGCUGUUAGCUUCGAGACACAAUAGUUCCGCAAUAUACGUUGCCUGAAGUGUAAAGAAACACUCGCUAGCAACUGUCAUAUUUGAUACAUAAGUCGUUGCUAAACCUUCUGUGACUUCUGGUUACUUCACUUGUUCUUCGGUAUUGACGAACCCAAUAAACGAGUAACUACUACUGCCACACCAUGGUCCACCCUAACAAACGUAUAUGUGCUAUAUAUACACCUAAACCUAACCCUAGCGCCUCAACUAAAAGAGCACGUUCACUAAGUGGUUCGACAUCAAGCCAUAAAAGAGGUCCUGAAGUUAAGGUAGUCGAUCUCAUACCGGAGCUAUAUAACACUUCGCGUAAAAACAAGGAAGACUUGAUAACCCUCCAGAAGCAACUACAAGACAUGAACGCUAAGCUUGAAGUUGUUCUACCACUGCUCCAUCUUUGUCAGCCUAAUCUAGAAGCCAGUACAGAAACCUUAUUAAAAACAGAAAGUGUCCUAGAUUUCAUUGCUACAGAGGUUAAUAAAAGGAUUAUGUCCUCACAUAAUGUAUUAGUAUACAACAUACCUGACCACGAACCGAUCAAGCAAGCAAAAGCCUUAUGUCUGCAGGCUUGUAACAUGUCUUCUACAGAAUGCCAAGUUACCCGUCUCCGCAAGAAGUUGGGGAAAUAUACCUGCCCCUUGCUGUUCAAAUUUAGUGGCUCUUACCACGCCAGACACUUCCUAUCAUCCAAGCAACUUAUUAGUGUAUCCACACCAUAUAAAAAUGUCAAACUUUCGCAAGACUUAACACCUUGUCAGAGACGUAGUCGCACAAAAAUACCAAAAACUGCUAAUUCUAGUCAAGCUCUGGUACCCAAAACAGCAACACAAUCUAUUAGCGAACUGGCUACUGUACAAACACAAUGGAAUGAGGAAUACCAAAGCCCACAAACUAGCCCACUCACACACAGACGUAGAGCCGAUGACACGACGGUAGGCUUGGACAAAUCGAUGAACUACACUCAAAAACAGGCACACGAUCUCCUAAAGGUGGUCUCACUGUCUACAGAAGUGGAAAGCCAGUCCCCGUCUUACCCCGUCACACAGGUCACCCCCAAACCAAGUGCUACGCUAUCGACCCAACAAAUUACUGAAAACGUUAUUAUGUCAUCACCAGGUGUCACUCAGCCUAUAAACAUACCCAGCACCAGCCACAAGCACCCUGUUAUCAUAGGACCGCCCCCAAGCUUAGCGCGUAAACAGUCAAAUCUAUCCCACCUCAGCCAGUGCAAAACUUAUAUGCACCAAAUAGGCAGAUGAUAAAGAGUACAGAUAGCACUAGACACUCUUAUACAAACCCCACUAUGCACCUACCCAGGUUAAAUAAACUGCCGAAAAGGCAAUCAAGCAGUCUCACCAAUAGACGAAAAAACAAUACAAAUAGUCAAAAGACCAUUGCACCCUCGCAAAGUCACACUAGGGAAAAUGCCAAACGUUAUUUCUCAGGUCAUCCUAUGACCAAGUCAAAUAACUACUCUCCAGGCGACCCACACUUCUUAACACUUCCGCGGUCACUAGCAGAUACACAUCACCGCCGGACCCCUCAACGAUCACAGUUAUUGGAUAGGGAGCAAAAUGGUAGUCACAGACUAUGCUUUCCGCCUCACCCAUACGCCGAAAGACGUGGGUCAUACGCUUCACAAGGACAAACUUACAACAGAUCCCCUAAAGAAAAUCAAGGGGAAUAUGAAUCUGUCUAUGACCAAAAUGCAUACGGCAACCAGCGGACAGGUGUGCCAUACAACUUAUCAAUCCCCGUUACUUCUUAUGAACAGGGUUUUUUCGGACAGCCUACGGCUGCAACGCCACCAGUAAUGCAGGUGAUUCGGAUGCUGUCGGAUCAUCUGCUCUCUACCCUGACCAACAGUCUCUAUACCAAUCACAAUGUAGUGAAUACCUCGCUCCUUCCGAGGUAAACAGUACCGAAUCGUCACCCUGUACAAAAGGUCAUGACAUCGCUAGCACGAUGUACGCAAAGGACGCCCAAGAAACGUACCAAAGUGCUGACUUUCUCCGAGAUAUAUCUAAACACUUUUGUACUAUUAACUCGCUCUCGUUUUGCCUGAUUAACGCCCGCUCUAUACGCAACAAAAUGAAAGAGAUUAUGCUGCUAUCUCUGAUAAGUGGUCCGUCCGUGAUAAUGGUUACAGAAACUUGGUGUACCAAUGAUAUUUGCGACGCAGAGAUCUCCAUUGACAACUAUUCCUUGUUCAGGAAGGAUAGACUGCAUGGUAGGGGAGGAGGGUGCAUUAUCUAUGUAAAGUCUGACAUCACUGCUACGCAGUGCCCUACAUCUGAGCUAAACGAGAUUGACGACUCAGUAUGGAUUAUCGCAAAACUUACUCGCUCCACUUCCCUCCUAAUAGGAUGCAUUUACCGGCCCCCUUCCUCCUCAGUCGAAUACGACGACAAGCUAACAAGCGUGUUCGCCCGUGUGGCAACACUACCACACACAGCGAAAAUUAUAUGUGGUGACUUUAACAUGCCAGAUAUAAAGUGGCGACCAAUUAGCUAUCCAGAGCGCUUUGAUAAAUUCAUAAGCAUUCUUGAAACAGAGGGUUGGCAACAACAUGUGGAACACCCUACCAGGUACAAUAGUGUCCUGGACCUAGUCUUCACAAACGGAACCACACCCACAAAACUCCAAGUGGGUACACAACUUCCAGGUAGCGAUCACAAGGUUGUAUAUGGAUACUUCAAUAUAACCAGCACAAAAGUGGCCCAAAAGUCAGGAACAGUACUAACUAGAAAUUACAAGUAUGCCAAAUGGGACGAACUACAAUCGUUUCUGCGCUGCCUAGAUUGGAGCCCCUACUUUACCAACAGUUCAGCCAAAGAACUCUGUGAUCUAUUCUAUGAAUAUAUAGGCACAGCUCAAGACUAUGUUGCUCCACCGCUCCGAAGAGAAAUUAAGAAAAACAGAGCUGACUAUAUACCAAAGAAAGUACGCAUCCGCAUGCGAAACCAUGUCAGAGAGUACUAUAAGUCGAAUGACUUUUCGUCGCUUGUCACACUCAAAGACACAUACGACACAUUCAAGGCAGAAAGAGUAAUAGAAGCCGUUAAACAAGAACGCAUCCAAUGUAGUAAAACUAGUAAUACAGAAGCACUAGUGAGACUGAUGAAAACCCGGAUAAGUAGCUCCAGAAAUAGUACCCCUAGUUUAAUCAUGGACAACGGCAUCCUCUACGAUAACCCACUACAAAUCAGCGAGCUGUUCGGUUACCAGUUUGCUAGCUGCUUUACACAAGAGGACGAAAUAAAAGUCAUUGGUGCACCGUCAACACCAACUCACUCCAUAAGUACAGUGCUCUUCUCUAAACAAAACAUUUCUCUAGCUAUAGCAUCACUUCGAACCUCAUACAGUGCGGGGCCUGAUGGAAUUCCAACCAUCUUGUUAAAAAGAGGUGGCGAAGAUAUACCGCUGAUUCUCUUGAAGCUCUUUAAUACGUCCCUCUCCAGUGGCAAUUACCCUGAGAACUGGAAACUAUCAUACAUAUGUCCUAAGCAUAAAUGUGGACCAACAUCUAAUAUAGAAAACUACCGACCUAUAAACAUCACGUCAGUAGUAUCCAGGACUAUGGAAAAGGUGAUUGUGAAAGCAGUUGUCGACUAUAUGACGACUAACCAAUUACUCUCACCAGCACAACAUGGAUUCUUGAAAGGCCGGUCAUGCACUACAAGCUAUCUUGACUAUCUAGACAACGUUACAAGCAAGCGUGACCAAGGCCUAUUUGUAACUACCCUUUUCUUAGACUUCAAGCAAGCAUUCGAUAAGGUGCCUCACAAACGCCUGGUCACUAAGUUGCAAUCAUAUGGUUUCCGAGACCCGUUACUGUCCUGGCUCAGAACAUCUUUAGAGGGUCGCUUCCAAGUAGUAAAAUUCAGUAAUUGCUACUCCACCCCUAGACUUAUACAAAGUGGUGUCGUCCAGGGUAGUGUGCUAGGACCGAUACUUUUCCUAAUCUAUGUAAACGAUAUCUGCAGUGUUAUCCGAAAUGGCAUACCCUACCUUUUCGCUGACGACUUGAAGAUAGUCUACAGCUUUUCUCCUGCAGCACUAACACAGGGUUUCUCUCAAAUACAAGAAGAUCUGAAGAGGAUAUUCAUAUGGAGCGAGACCUGGCAGCUCCCUCUAAACCCAAAUAAAAGUGGCAUCCUCCAUUUCAAUAAAUCCCACCCAGAAGUAACGCUACACUUGGGUGAUAUUGCACUGCAGGUAUACAACACUGUGAAAGACCUCGGAAUCACUUACUCCAGAAGUUUGACUUUUACGGAGUAUGCAGACUCAGUAGUUUCCAAGGGCAGAAGACUCAUCGGUCUUCUACACAGAAACAUACUCAUACCUGAGGCAAAACUUAUACUGUACAAGGCUAUGGUUCGCCCAAUAUUAGAGUACUGCACCGUUAUCUAUGGUAGCAUGAAUGUGUCGGACAGAAUUCGAGUAGAGAACAUUCAACGGAACUUUACUCGGCGCCUACUAAUACAUAACGAAGGACUUCCUUACGAAGCAAGAUGCAAAAAACUAGGACUAGAAUCACUCUGGCUGAGACGCCUGAAGCUCAACUUAACACUUCUUUUUCGUCUUUUAUUUACAAACCCUAAAACGAAAUGUGCUGUCACUUUUAAAACAACACAGGCAUAUAAUCUGCGUAAUAGCGAGAACAUCAUCCCAAUAAAUAAGUAUCGCUCAAAACUUCGAUGUAGGUUUUUCAUAACGCAAUACAGUAUGCUGUGGAACAAACUUCCCGCUCCUAUACGAGCAUGCCGUUCGCUCGGCCAGUUUCAACGACUACUUAGUAAAUUCCUCCUAUCUAACGAAUCUCAUCAAUUCGUUGACGGCCAAACCACAAACGGUAAUGCCAUGCACUAAGGUACUACUGGUACCUAGACUCAAGGGAGACUAACAGCAAUGACAUAAGUAUACAAUGCCGAAAACUAAACGCAAUAGUUAAGUUAAAAUCUAAUUUCUUAGAAAAAAAAUGACCAAGAGUGAACAGGAAGCGGAGUGCGACACGAUAUGCUACAGUGAACUUAUUAGAUACUCAAAUGUAACCUACUUUUCUUCACAACCUAACCGAUCUCACGACUUAACACCUAUUUCCUAAAAAUCGCCCCUUAAAGUAAUCUCUCUACUCCGAAAAGAUAAAAGAACUGUCUGUCGGUGCAUUUUCAUAGCAUGCAACUCUUUAUUAUUUGCCCUUUGUCAUCAGUACUUACAUCUAAGUACUCUGCACCAACAUAGUUUCGGUAGACCCGAUAUGGUAAUGCUCAACAGGCAACACCAUGAUCAUCCCCUCGUGACCAGAUAAAGGGUGGUGGUCCUAAGAACAAAAAAAAACCACGAAUUUCACCUAAAUGUUUAUAACUUCAUCAUACGCUUGUACAUAGGUAUAUAACAAGUUAAUACCUGGUCAAAUAUCCUCUAAUCUUUCUAUUUCGUAGUGAUAUCUUCAGCUUCAGACUGACUUUCAUUACUGUCGUGCGCACCUUCAUCUUCUUCCACCUAAGCUUACCUCUAAACAGUUGGUUCUGGACACUUCCUCAAGUAAGUUUAAUAGUCAGUACAAACUCACCCAGAUGUAUCAUGGUCGAUCUACUCCUGCGUAUUUUUGUGCUCCUGUUACAAAUUUCGCCUGCUGCUCGCUUUUGUUAUUCACUUUUCAGAUUUACUUAACCAGUCCUGCAUUCAAAUGGAAUCCUACAAAUCGCAUUCGUCAGCGGGAAAUAUUGGCACCGAAACCUGAUGACGAACGCGCACACCCCAAGGUCAUGACUGUGAUGCGGCCUCACCUUCAAGAAUAUUGGAUGAUUCAAACGAUGACCGGAUAAUCUUCAAAUUCGAACUGAGCCUGCUUCAACAUGCCUCCUAUAUGCCAUAAAUCACAGCAUCUAAUGUAUAGCAUAACAUUGUACAUAAUAGUCAUCUCUCAUUACCAAAGUGAUCAAACCUGUAAACUGGUUUGUAUUCAUGUAACCUUUGUUGCAUGAAAUAUAUUAUUAUUAUUAUUAUUAUUAAAUGAUUGUAUGGAUACUUACUUAUCCCUGAAAUCAUGAAGUAAGUUAUUGUUGGUCAAUAAAGCUAAGAAC